GACGGCGCGCCGCGAGCCCCGGCUGAGCCGCUGGGCCCCGAAGACGUCUUCAUCGCUGUCAAGACCACCAAAAACUUCCACCGCGCGCGCCUUGACCUGCUGCUGGAGACCUGGGUCUCGCGCCACAAGGAGAUGACGUUCAUCUUCACCGACGGGGAGGACAAGGCACUGGCCAGACACACAGACAACGUGGUCAACACCAACUGCUCAGCUGCGCAUAGCCGCCAGGCGCUGUCCUGUAAGAUGGCCGUGGAGUAUGACCGAUUCAUCGCAUCGGGGAGGAAGUGGUUCUGCCAUGUGGACGAUGACAACUAUGUGAAUGUGCGGGCACUGUUGCGGCUGCUGGCCAGCUACCCCCACAUGCAGGAUGUCUACCUCGGGAAGCCUAGCCUGGACCGGCCCAUCCAGGCCACGGAACGCAUAGGCCAGGGCCAGGUGCGUCCUGUCCACUUCUGGUUUGCUACCGGGGGCGCCGGAUUCUGUAUCAGCCGUGGGCUAGCCAUGAAGAUGAGCCCAUGGGCCAGCGGAGGCCACUUCCUGGACACGGCCGAACGGAUCCGCCUGCCAGAUGACUGCACCGUGGGCUAUAUCGUGCAGGCACUGCUGGGGGUGCCCCUCACCCGCAGCGGCCUCUUCCACUCCCACCUGGAGAACCUGCAGCAGGUGCCUGCCUCCGAGCUGCACGAGCAGGUGACACUGAGCUACGGCAUGUUUGAGAACAAGCGGAACACCAUCCACAUGAAGGGGGCCUUCUCCGUAGAGGCAGACCCGUCCAGGUUCCGCUCGCUUCACUGCCACCUGUACCCGGACACACCCUGGUGUCCCCAUCCUGCCCGCUUCUAGAGGCCACGGCCCAGACCCCGUCCCCGGGCGCCCCUGGUAUCCAAAGGGCUCGGGGACCCCUGUCCAGAGGCGCUGCCCCGGCCUCGGCGUCCGAGGCUCCUAGGAGCAGUGAGCCAUGCGUGUGCGAGUCAUGCGUGUGCGUGUGUGCCCGUCCUUGGAGCAGUCUGCUGGGCAGCUCUGCUUUGAGGAGGACCGACACACUCGCACCCACACCCCGCCCCACCCUUUCUCUGUCCCUGCCCGCGGGCACGUCUGUGUGUCACACGUUUGCGCCCUGCUGGUUUCUCUCUGCUGGACAUCUGACCCCGCCCUCCCUGCUUGGGGACCGCAGAGCCACCCUCAGGCCAGGGCCGCUGGGUUGGGGGCUGUGGCCUGGACCUUCCUCCUGGCUCUGGGAGGCAGCCAGGUCAGUUCCUGGUCUCUCUUUGUCUCCCCACCCCUUGGGGGGGCCGGGGGGCAGUUUAUCCUCUCUCUCAAGUAGAGAGUCACCCACAGUGGGUGUGUCUGUGAAUACGUGACAGUGUUUUCUACUGUGCUGUGUGUG